GAUAGAUACUGAUAAAGAGUACCCAUGAAGACUAUAAUUGGCAAGGUUAAACCCCUAGCCAGACCCACAACCCAUGUGACUGGGAUCUCACACUGCACCACUACCAGUACCAGUACUCGUACCAGACAGUUAAGUGUCAAGAGUUCUUGGAACAGUGAUUCGAGCCGGGCCCGGGUCACGCACCGUGUGGCUAGUUUGGAUCAGAAGUGGAGGGAGUACCAAGGGAUCAAGAACUGGGACGGGUUGCUUGACCCUUUAGAUGAUGGGCUCCGGCAUGAGAUACUCCGGUAUGGGGAUUUCGUCGAAGCGGCAUACCGGUGUUUCGAGUUUGACACGUCAUCACCGGACUAUGCAACAUGUAAGUUUACUAAGAACACAAUGUUGGAUAGAUGUGGUUUAGGGGAGAGUGGGUAUAUGGUGACUAAAAAUUUGCAUGCCACGUGUGGGGUUCAGCUGCCAGGCUGGAUUGACCGGAUGCCGAGAUCCAGCUGGAUUGGUUACGUGGCGGUUUGUAACGAUGAGAAAGAGAUUGCGCGGUUGGGUCGUAGGGAUGUGGUGAUUGCCUAUAGGGGAACUGCCACGUGUCUUGAGUGGAUUGAGAACCUACGUGCCACAUUGACACCAAUGCAUAAUAAUGACGUGGCACCUGAAAAGAAAAGAGCAAUGGUACAAAAAGGGUUUCUUAGUAUGUACACAUCAGCAACUGACACGUGUCCAAGCCUACAGGACAUGGUGCGAGAGGAGAUAUCACGGAUCAUUGAGACGUAUGGCAACGAGCCCCUUAGCGUGACGGUCACAGGUCAUAGUCUUGGUGCCGCCCUAGCCACCCUCACGGCCUAUGACAUAACCUCUACAUUUAAGCAAUCGCCAAUGGUUACCGUACUUUCCUUUGGUGGGCCGCGUGUCGGAAACAGAAAUUUCCGGUCACAGCUUGAAAACAGCGGGACACAGAUUCUCAGAAUUGUGAACUCAACGGAUGUGAUCACCAAAGUCCCUGGAUUUUUGGUUGAUGGUAGCAACGACAUGACAAAAAAAGGAGUAGGGUUGCAAGGGUGGCUAAAAAAACAAGUUGACGAGGCCGAUUGCUUUAGAUAUGCUGAUGUAGGCAAAGAACUUCGACUUUACAGUGACGCAUCACCAUACUUAACCAAGAGUGACUUUGCCACGUGUCAUGACCUAAAAACUUAUCUCCACUUGGUAGAUGGUUUCGUGAGCUCCUCAUGUCCGUUUCGAACAACAACAAAAAGACUGUUAACCGGGAUGAAUCAGGAGAAGCAACAAAUUUUGGUUAGAUGACUAAAAAUGUCAUAGUGAGAACUUUGAUGCUACAGUAAAUUGUAUAGAUUUAAUGUUAAAAGAAAACAGGCAAAAU